GAUGGUGGAUAAAGAUAAUUUGAUUCAGCUUUGAUUCAUCAGUUUUGAUACUUAAUUAUAUGCUUGUACAUGUAUGCAGAAUUGUUUGUGUUUCACACGUAUUGCACUAGGGUGGAGCUCAGUGUGAAUCCUCUUAACCAGGUAAUCUGUGCACCCAUCUGCUGCUCCAGUCAUCCAUCACAUCCACUCCACACCAACGUGCCACCUCCUCAGUAGCCUCUGUGACUCAACUCAAAGGAAGACCAUGCUGCUGUCCCCUCAGGCAGAGAGAAACUGGGAGGAUCUCUGCUCAGUGCUUGAAGAGGUCCUGGAGGACCAGUCCCCCCGGAAGCUGUUUGCCUUGGAGCUCGGCUCUGGAACUGGACAGCAUGUCAUACGCUUUGCCCAGAAAAUCCCUUUUGUUACUUGGCAGCCAUCGGACAUCAAAGAGGAGUACCGGGACAGUAUAAAGGCUUAUAUCGAUGCAACCCAAGCAAAAACUGUGCUGCAGCCCAUCUUCUUGGAUGCCAGCGAACCUUGGGAGAAAUGGGCCGGCCUUUCUCGCAACUCCUGUGAUGUCAUUAUUGCCAUCAARCUCUUACAGUACAGCUCUUUCAAAACAGCACAGGGUGUUUUCAGUGGAGCAGGUCAGCUCCUCAAACAAAAUGGCCUUCUGAUAACACAUGGGGUGUUUGCUGUUAAUGGAAUCAUCACACCGAGUUGUAACGAACAUCUGGAUGAAGAGCUUCGAAAACUGAAUCCAGAGUGGGGUCUUCCAGACAUUGAUGUGCUCAGACAGCAGGCUUAUGGAAACGGCCUGCGUUUAGAGAGGAUGAUUGAGAUGGAAGAUUACUACAAAUGCCUCAUCUUCAGGAAACUCUAAAGUGUUAAAUGUAAAACAUAUCUUACCAACUGAGUAUACCUUUUUUUUCCCCCAGAAGCCACACACACAAAUAUCUGCU